AGCGCGGUUGUAGUCGAAAUGCAACUCCAACAGCCCCACUCAGCUCGACUCAGCCCAACUCAGCCGCAUUGGUAGUGGAAAAGCGGCAUUAUUCUUCAAAAUUUGAAUGAGAAAUUCCAAGGUGGACAGGAUUGUAUUCUGGAGCCGCUGUGUUUUCCUGAGCAGCUGACAGCUUGUAUUAGCGUCUCCCCUAUGGAUGACGGUUCCCCCGUGUGCUGUGUCCUGUGCUCAUACACGGCUCUUCUCUCGGAGAAAAACCAGCUCCUCAAGCACCUGUUGCUGGAGCACAAGCUGGUCAUCGCUGACAUCAAACUCGUCGCUGAUUUCCCGAAGUACAUGCUUUAUUGGAAGAAAAGGUUGACGGAGCAGCCCAUCACAGACUUCUGCAGCGUCAUCAAGACCAACUCUGAGGGACCUGCCGAGCUGCAGGAGUACUACUUCCUCCUGUGUGACGUUCUUCCAGAGGACCGCAUCCUUCGAGAGGAGCUCCAGCAGAAACGACUGGAGGAGGUUCUUGAACAGCAGCAGAAGGAAAGAGACGAUACCAGUUUUCAACGGAGCUGCAUGUUCUGCAAUGAAGAAUUUACCGGAAAUAGGUCUCUGCUGCUCAAUCACAUGGCCAGAGAGCACGCGUUCAGCAUCGGCCUGCCCGACAACAUCGUCUACUGCACGCAGUUCCUCGAUACGCUGGAAAGGAAACUGGACAAUAUGCAGUGUCUGUACUGUGAGAAGAUCUUUCGAGAUAAGACGACUUUGAAAGAUCACAUGAGAAAGAAGCAACACAGACGCAUCAACGCCAGCAAUCACGACUACGAUCGCUUCUAUGUCAUCAAUUACCUGGAGCUGGGGAAGACCUGGGAGGAGGUGCAGUCUGAGGAUGACCGGGAGCUGCUCGAGGAUGAAGAGGACGACUGGUCCGAUUGGCAGGCUCACCCAGUGUGUGCUGUUUGUCUGUUCUGUGAGCGGCAGGAGGAAACGAUGGACAAGAUCUACACCCACAUGCAGGAUGCUCAUCAAUUUGACCUCCAUAAAUUAAAAACAGAUCUCAACUUGAAAUUUUACCAGCAAGUCAAACUCGUGAACUACAUCCGCCGUGAGCUCCACCAGUGCCGCUGUCAUGGCUGCCAGAGGAAGUUCGGAACCAAAGAGGAAGUGGUGCAGCACCUGAAGGAGGCCGGUCAUGUGAUGCAGCUUCCAGACAGCUCACCCUGGGACCAACCACAGUACUAUUUCCCAACAUAUGAGAACGAUGCUCUUCUCACAGCUCUGUCCGACAGCGAGAGUGAGUGUGAAGGAGCUGAACAGAACUCGGACGUCCCUGUGUUCGCCGAGGACAUCUCCAACCUGAAGGCCUUGAAGCAGAACAGUGUGCUGAACAAACUCCUGAAGAACUUUUAGGAGGCAUCGCCAACUACAAUCAACCCCAACACACACAGACUUCACUGUUGUUUUGCCCUGGAAAUGCUCACUGUCGUGAGCACGGUGCCUCCUUCACAGCGGCAAAUGUCUGCACAAGAACAUUUCUGCUGCUGUACAGUAAACUCCGCAUAAGAGAGUGGUGUUUAUAUAAUGAGCAGGUUUUUCGUAAAACACAGUUCGCUGUGGUGUUCUCAGAAUGCAUCACAGAAAUUCAUGAUAAUAUAGUUUCUCAUACACACUCGAGUGAUUCCAAAAGAAACACUCAUUUUUAUAUCACUUCAAUGCGUCAGAGUUGAAUAGUUUUCAUGAAGAAACUUAAUUUAUCCUGUGUACUGUAUGUUUUUGUUCACGUGACUGACUCACUGCCUGAAGUUUGGAUCUCAGUAUUCAGUUAUUACAUUUAUAUCAAAGAUGAAAGUCAUUUCAUAAUUGUCGCAAGUGUAAAUAAAGCUAAUCGAACAGAACUUGAAGUGUGUUCUACAUUUCUCAUGCACAUUAUUACUGUAUUACUGCAAAUCCCAAAUUUACAUUCGGCCCUCACGUUUUGUUUUUAAGGUAUACUGAGGUAGUUUGGCGAAGUACUCUUAUAUUAGUUUACACUACCGUUCAAAAGUUUGGGGUCACUUUGAAAUGUCCUUAUUUUUGAAAGAA